AUGACAGAAGUCCAUGCCGUUGCAAGUGGUUCUAAGUCAGCCCCUUAUGAACCCGUAAAUGGUUACGAAGUCGAACACGACGAGGUUGCUCCCGCCAGUGCAUCAACGGCACCAGAAAAGGGAACGGCAAGCAGGACAUCCUCCAACGGCAAGCACCCACCGUCAGAGAGGAGUAGAAAUGAGCAAAUGAGACAGCCGGAGAAGAUUGAGAGCCCCGAGUGGGGUCUCAAAGAGAUUCUAUGGCCUCCCGAGCCGUGGGACGGCCAGCCGCAGCGCCGAGUGCGCAUCGUCACCCAGAACACGAAUGGCCCGUGUUCCUUUAUUGCUAUAUGCAACAUUCUCAUUAUGCGUGGUGCCAUUACCAUUCGGCCGCGUGACAGACGAUCAGCGAGUUAUGAGUACUUGGCGGGACUUGUCGGCGAUUAUCUUGUCAAUAACGUCAUGGAUGUCGACCUAGACGCCGUGUUUUCGGUGCUGCCUAAGACUCAGGAGGGAAUGGAUUUGAAUCCACUCUUUACGAGUAUAUCCUCCUUUCGACCUGCUGGCAAGGGCGGUGAGCUCAAGCUGUUUGACUUGGCGGGUAUCAAGCUUGUUCAUGGAUGGAUAGCGGACCCACAGAGCUCGGAAUUUGCCGCACUCUCCAAAGCAGAAGAUUACGAUACAUGCAUGGAUCUCAUCGUUGCUGCGGAUGCAGCCAUGGGUGGGAAACUUAUGGUAGAGGAUAACGAAGCCAUGCUCGUAGAGGACAGCGCAGCCAAGCCAGCCCAGCUCUCCGAAGAGGAGCACCAAAAGGUUGUCGAUGCUCUUCAAAUCCGACACUGGUUGGACAGUAAUCCAACCCAGAUGACUUACCACGGUCUCUUUGCGCUAAACGAGUCGCAAUAUAUUGAGCCAAACGAACUUGUCUGCUUCUUCAGAGGAUCGCAUCUUAGCGUGCUCUAUAAGCGUAAAGAGCCUGGGACAGAAAGCACGAUGCUCUAUACGCUCGUCACGGACCGUGUAUUCCUGAAGGAGACAGACGUCGUAUGGGAAUCACUCGUCGACGUCGAUGGCCAUUCGUCGGCAUUUUACGACGAAAACUUUCGAAAGGCGAAUCCUGUCGGUGGUGAUUUCGCUGGUCAUACAAGUGAGCAAAUAGCAAGGCAGUAUGAGAGGAUGCAUUCGGAUCCAGAGGUCGAGGCAGAUGCACGACUGGCAUGGAAGCUACAAAGGGCGGAGCAAGAGUAUGCGCGUCGACUGCGUGAACGAGAUCGUGAGCAGGAGCUCGCGUCUCAAGAGAAUGGAGACGGUGUUUAUAGGCGGCAGACCAUGGCGCAAAGCGGGGGCUCGCAACCGUCUCCUAGUACGAGAAAGGAUAAGAAGAAGAAGAAGGGGGACUGCGUUGCGAUGUGA